UCAGACUAAAGCAGUCUUUUUGAAGUGAGGUUAAAGUUACACAGAAGUAAAUUAUACCAGGAGCUUAAAGAAGAAUUUUGUUAUGUGACUUCAAGAACUCAUUGACUCAGAUAGUUUCACACACUGCAGAACGGCAACCAGUGACAGAUGAGGGUGUUUGUGAACCGAAGUUUAGCGAUGGAAAAAAUAAAGUGUUUUGGUUUUGAUAUGGAUUAUACACUUGCUGUGUACAAGUCCCCGGAGUAUGAGUCCCUUGGCUUUGAGCUUACUGUGGAGAGAUUAGUUUCUAUUGGCUACCCUCAGGAACUGCUCAGCUUUGCUUAUGAUUCUACAUUCCCUACCAGGGGACUUGUUUUUGACACACUAUAUGGAAAUCUUUUGAAAGUUGAUGCCUAUGGAAACCUUUUGGUCUGUGCACAUGGAUUUAACUUCAUAAGAGGUUCUCAGGUAGCUGCUCAGAAGAGACCAGAAACUAGAGAGCAGUAUCCAAACAAAUUUAUCCAACGAGAUGACACUGAAAGAUUUUACAUUCUGAACACACUUUUCAAUCUACCAGAGACCUACCUGUUGGCCUGCCUUGUAGAUUUUUUUACUAAUUGUCCUAGAUAUACCAGCUGUGAAACAGGAUUUAAAGAUGGGGACCUCUUCAUGUCUUACCGAAGUAUGUUCCAGGAUGUAAGAGAUGCUGUCGACUGGGUUCAUUACAAGGGCUCCCUUAAGGAAAAGACAGUUGAAAAUCUUGAGAAGUAUGUAGUCAAAGAUGGAAAACUGCCUUUGCUUCUGAGCCGAAUGAAGGAAGUAGGGAAAGUGUUUCUUGCCACCAACAGUGACUAUAAGUAUACAGAUAAAAUUAUGACUUACCUGUUUGAUUUCCCACAUGGCCCCAAGCCUGGGAGUUCUCAUCGACCAUGGCAGUCCUACUUUGACCUGAUCUUGGUAGAUGCACGGAAGCCACUCUUUUUUGGAGAAGGCACAGUACUACGCCAGGUGGAUACUAAGACUGGCAAGCUGAAAAUUGGUACCUACACAGGCCCGUUACAGCAUGGCAUCGUCUACUCAGGAGGUUCAUCGGAUACAGUCUGCGAUCUGUUGGGAGCCAAGGGCAAAGACAUUUUAUAUAUUGGAGAUCACAUUUUUGGAGACAUUUUAAAAUCAAAGAAACGGCAAGGGUGGCGAACUUUCUUGGUGAUUCCUGAACUUGCACAGGAGCUCCAUGUCUGGACUGAUAAGAGUGCACUUUUUGAAGAGCUUCAGAGCUUGGAUAUCUUCUUGGCUGAACUCUACAAGCAUCUUGACAGCAGCAGCAACGAGCGCCCAGACAUUAGUUCCAUCCAGAGACGUAUUAAGAAAGUAACUCAUGACAUGGACAUGUGCUAUGGGAUGAUGGGAAGCCUGUUCCGCAGUGGCUCCCGACAGACCCUCUUUGCCAGUCAGGUGAUGCGAUAUGCUGAUCUCUAUGCAGCGUCUUUCAUCAACCUGCUGUAUUAUCCAUUCAGCUACCUCUUCAGAGCUGCCCACGUCUUGAUGCCUCAUGAGUCAACGGUGGAACACACACAUGUAGACAUCAAUGAAAUGGAGUCCCCUCUUGCCACUCGGAACCGCACAUCGGUUGAUUUCAAAGAUACCGACUACAAGCGGCACCAGUUGACACGGUCGAUUAGUGAGAUUAAACCCCCCAAUCUCUUCCCACUGGCCCCCCAGGAAAUUACACACUGCCAUGAUGAAGAUGAUGAUGAGGAGGAGGAAGAGGAAGAAGAAUAAGGAGGAAUAAGAACCAAAACUGAGCACCCAUUAAACAAGCCUGGCAGGACUCACAGGAGCAAAGGAUGGGUUCUAGCGGUGGGUGGGGGAGCUCUGUCAAAGGUACAUCUGGAAAGUUUCUGAAGACUUUAAAAUAUUCUAAUCAUAGAGAGAUACUUUUUAGUUUUGUUUGCACUCUUUGCAGAUGGUUCAAAUUGUAAUGGAGUCUGUAUUGAAAGAAAGCGAGGGUAAAGCCGGGCAGAACUGCAUGCGGAUGGCUCCAUUGUGGCUUGUGACACCGUUUCCUUGUCUUGUUUCCUUAGUGUGCGUUGGAUACACCUGGGGUGGUGGAGAGUCACAGAGUGGAGCAAGGGUGAUGGGAAGAGGUGAUCCAAAAUGAUGUUGUGUUACAAAUUGUCUUACUCCAACAUCCAUCCUGAAAUUUUCAGUGCAUCACAUAGUAUUGUAUAUCAGUGGAGAAAUAUAUUGUUUCCAUUAUCAAAUGUA